AUGGACUGCUUACCGGAGCUGGUCGUGGCCAAGAGGAAAACGAUAUCCAGUGCCAAGAUGGCAAAACGAUUACGCAGGUUUGUUGGUGAAAAUCAGCGUCCGGACGCCCCAGAGGGUGGGGAUGGUGACGUCGGGGACGACGAUGUCCAAACCGCAACCAAACCCGCCGCGUCGGGGGAACUCCUUUGCCGCAUCCCUGAAGAGACGCUGUUCCAGCUCCAGCAGAUCUACGAGGCUCUCGAGGGUGCUAGCGGCGUCAAGCCGGCGUCCAGUGCGCCAAGCUUGACGGACCUCAUUGCCGCAAGUGCCGGUGACGGCGGUGAAGCAGAGCCGAUGAGCGGAGGGACCGAGGCUUCGGUGGUCACUCCUGAGAAGACGACCAAGCAGAAGAGAGUAAGGGGAGGCGAGGAGCCCGCUACGGCUUCCAAGGCUAGCGGCGGCAGCAGCAUAGGGACGAGCCCGAAGAUCAAGAAAAAGAAGUCCAGGAGAAAGAGCAACGCGACAUGAGGCUUUGGUCACGCUUCUACUGGAAAGUGCAUCAUAUGCCUGUCAGUCGAAAAGCAGUACGUCCAUGUAGCGAACGUGCUGUGUGUAAUAGAGUGGGGCGGCCGUGUUAUGGGUUGCGCAAAAAGAAAAACCGCAAGUGACAUCGGGGCGUGGUGAAUGUGAAGCAUCAAAUAAGUGCCAGAGUUCCUAGAGGACGUCAUUCCCGAGUGGGCCUUUUAUCACGCCGUCUGGGUCUUAGUUUUGGCUCUGUUGUGUUAGCUUUGAUUGCCCUUCGUCGCACCAUGUAG